UCUCUCUCUCUCUCUCUCUCUCUUCCCGUUUCUAUCUUCCACACUCCGUCGCCGCGCGCGCAAAUCCGCCUUUACCUCCUGCAAAUAAAGAACCAGGGAGCCACUUUCUGCUCCUCGCGCCUUUUUUUUAUUUACCUCCCUUUCCGUACUGCCUCCCACGACCACCUUUUUUACCCCAGCACCGCCGCUUUCCACUUCCCGUAACCCCCCCCAACCCCUUCCUCCUCCUCCUCCACCACCACCACCUUCACCUGCUCCUCUACCUCGACCGCCAUGAAAUCCUGGCAGCUGAUGGCAGCAGUGGUGGCAGGAGAUGCCCUUCAGAUUCCAGGCCAGCAAAUGAGUUGUGAUGCCAACCAGCUCAGGGGUAAUCAAGACGCCCCCGCCCCACCAGAGCCCAUGGCCCAGCCGUACCCUUCCGCCCAGUUCGCCCCCCCUCAGAAUGGUCUGCCUACCGAGUACCCGGCGUCUCACCCUCACCCCGCCCCCGAGUACCCGGGCACGAGCGGCGUACCUGAACACACGCUGAACAUGUAUCCUGCAGCGCACACACACAGCGAGCCGAGCGCCGACUCCAGCGCACACACCGUCUCCGGCACAGCCACGCAGACAGACGACGCAGCACAGACAGACAGCCAGCAACAGACGCAGUCCUCCGAAAGCUCAGAAAACAAGUCGCAGCCGAAGCGACUCCACGUCUCCAACAUUCCCUUCAGGUUCAGAGAUCCAGACCUCAGGCAAAUGUUUGGCCAAUUUGGUAAAAUCUUAGAUGUUGAGAUCAUUUUUAAUGAGAGAGGAUCUAAGGGUUUUGGUUUCGUAACUUUCGAAAGUAGUGCUGAUGCGGACAGGGCGAGGGAGAAAUUACACGGCACGGUGGUAGAAGGCCGUAAAAUAGAGGUGAACAAUGCGACGGCGCGAGUAAUGACAAACAAAAAGACAGUCAACCCAUAUGCAAACGGCUGGAAGUUGAAUCCUGUGGUAGGUGCAGUCUACAGCCCAGAAUUCUAUGCAGUGCCAGGCUUCCCGUACCCAGCUGCCACGGCGGCUGCAGCCUACAGAGGGGCACAUUUAAGAGGGAGAGGACGCACCGUCUACAACACAUUUCGGGCAGCAGCUCCUCCACCACACAUCCCAGCAUAUGGAGGUGUCGUGUACCAGGAUGGAUUUUAUGGUACAGAUAUUUAUGGCGGUUAUGCUGCCUACCGAUAUGCCCAGCCUGCCACAGCUGCCGCUGCCGCCUACAGUGACAGUUACGGACGAGUUUAUGCUGCCGACCCCUACAACCACACACUUGCUCCAGCAGCCACAUACAGCGUUGGUGCCAUGAACGCUUUUGCACCGCUGACCGAUGCCAAGACCAGGAGCCACGCGGACGACGUUGGUCUCGUUCUUUCUUCGCUGCAGGCUAGUAUAUACCGAGGCGGAUACAGCCGUUUUGCUCCAUACUAAAAAAAAAAAAAAAAAAAGAAAAAAAGAAAAAGGAAAUAUAAUACACACACCUAACUCGACUCGACUCAACUCAACUCAACGCGAAUUCUUCCCGAGGGUGGUACAGUGGGAAUCACUUUUCCGAGGCCUGGGUAUUGCAAUACAAUGCAGUCGUGCAUCAUUUUUCAGCACCUCUUGCGGAGGAGAGAGGACAGAAAAAAAUGGAUAUUUUUCAUCUUAUACCUCAAGAUAUUUUGUGCUGUGUAUUUUAAUAUUGUGGGUUUUUAAUUUCUAAAACAUAGAAUCGUUGGCUGUAGAGGUUUCUGUGGUGAUCUAGAGAGCUGCUAGAUAAAGAAAAAAAAAAAACAUGAUGUUUAAAGGAAAACAAAAAAAUUGUUAGGGCUUUAUCAUUUAUGUAAAUGAAUUAUGUAUGAUAAAUAUUUAGUCCCUCGGGGUGAUCAUAUUUUGUAAGUGACUAAAGUAGUACUGGGUUUCUGCUUUUUGUUGUUAGUUUUUUUUUUGUUUGUUUGUUUGUUUGUAUGGUUGGUUGGUUGUUUUUUUUUUUGUUUUUGUUUUUCUCUCGGGGUUUUUUUUAUGGUGGAUAAACGGCCCAGACACCCACGGAAGCAGCAGCAGGACGGGGCAGGAGGGAAACAAGCCCCGCCCUGAGUGGCACCAAGACACAACAGGGAGGAGCAAAACCACUAAAGCAUUGAUUAUUUCCUCCGUCUGAUACCGGUCAUUACUUCAAGCCAAAGUUUACUCUUUUUUUCCUGUCUGAUUCUUUAUUUUAAUUUUUUAUGGGUUUUACAUAGCAGCUCUUAAAGAAUCUCCAAAACAUCAGUAUUUCAUUUUGUCUUUUAUCUCGUUUGAAGUUUUAGACCCUUUACUGGUUUACAGCUAAAUAUAUAUAUAUAUACUGUUACUGUAUUUUUAUCUUUUUUUUCUUUCACUUCCACUAUACCGAUCGAUUUGAUUUUGAUAUCGAAAAAAUAAAACAAAACAAAUAAAAGAUCAAAGUACAGUAA